AUGGCUAAUUUGGAGUUCCAUACAUUCCAAGAUGGUUUUUCUAUCAAUUCCACUAACGCUGAAGGUUUCUCAGGCAGAAUUGGAGACCAGAAUCAGCUUGUGAAUGAUGUUGGUGACAAUGCAUCGACUUCUGGAAGGAGGUCAAAUUUCUCUAUCGCUUUCUACCAGCAGUUCUUUGAUGUAGAAACAGAUCAGGUAUUGAAGAGAGUGUUCAACAGUGUCAUCCCGACCAACAAAAACUUCAUCCUGGAUUUUGUCCAUCCUAUGCCGGAUUUGUGGGGACCUUUCUGGAUAUCAGUAACUUUAGUCUUCUCUAUUGGUGUGUUUGCUAACAUUGCACAAUAUAUCGAAAAUGAAGGCGCAUCUGGAAAUUACGGCAGCGAUUUUAGACUAGUUACAUCGUCUGCCACGUUAAUCUUUCUAUAUGUAGUGCUUCCUCCUUUCAUUAUAUCAGCAAUUCUUUGGCAACGAAAGACAGAGCUACAAUAUGCUAUUUCGGAUUUACUGUGCGCCUAUGGUUACAGUUUAUCCAUAUUUAUCCCCGUUUCAAUUCUGUGGACGUUGGAUGUGAACUGGUUUAGAUGGGCUCUUAUCUUCACAGCCGUUUCCUUAAGUGGAGCAGUGUUGGCGAAGGCCCUUUGGCCUGCUUUCAAGUCAGACCCUAACAAAUUGAUUGCGUACAGUUCAAUUUUUGCUGUGAUACUCCUUCACUUUCUAUUGGCCCUGACCUUUAAGGUAUACUUUUUCGACGCUGCUCAUCCUUUGCCACCUAAAUCAUCUCACGCUUCUCCUAUUGUAAAAGAUAGUGAUGCCAUUGGAAACAACAACAUCAACAGUCAGGUGCUUGUCACAGAUAACAUUGUAGCGAUGAUUACCACAAAGGCUCCAGCUGAAGUAAGGAAAACAGCAACGGAAAAUGUCAUCGCAAAAGUUCCUGAUGCUGAAGGGAAGUCCAGGAAAGUAUUGGAUAAAUCAGUUCUCGACAACAAGGGAACUCAACCUACACCCCUUAAAAAUGUUUCUCAGUUAGUCAGCAGUGUUGAGUCAAACUUACAUGUAAAUGCUACCACAUGA